AUGAACCCCUUCAUUUUAGCCACCCUUCUCUUCGGUUUAGGCCUAGGCACCACCAUCACAUUCGCAAGCUCCCAUUGGCUUCUCGCAUGAAUAGGGCUAGAAAUAAAUACUCUUGCUAUUAUUCCACUUAUAGCGCAACACCACCACCCUCGAGCAGUAGAAGCAACCACCAAAUACUUCCUUACCCAAGCUACAGGAGCCGCUAUACUUCUUUUUGCUAGUACAACCAAUGCUUGAAUAACAGGACAGUGAGAAAUUCAACAAAUAACCCACCCUCUUCCAAUAACCCUAGUCACCUUAGCACUGGCCCUCAAAAUCGGCCUUGCCCCACUACACUCUUGACUUCCAGAGGUUCUUCAAGGACUAGACUUAACCACAGGACUAAUUAUAUCUACAUGACAAAAACUAGCACCUUUCGCUUUACUUUUACACCUUAACCCCUCGAACUCCACCCUUCUCGUUGUACUAGGCCUCACCUCCACCCUUGUUGGGGGCUGAGGUGGCCUUAACCAAACACAACUGCGAAAAAUCCUAGCCUACUCUUCCAUUGCCCACCUUGGGUGAAUAACUCUUGUAAUACAUUUUUCUCCUUCUCUCACCCUACUCACCCUUAUCAUGUAUUUUAUUAUGACUUUCCCUGCCUUUCUUGUGUUUAAAUUAAAUAACUCAACUACCAUUAAUUCCCUUGCCACUUCUUGAGCUAAAGCACCCGCCUUAACUUCUCUCACCCCUUUUAUCCUUCUUUCUCUUGGAGGUCUCCCACCCCUUGUAGGAUUCAUGCCUAAGUGACUUAUCCUACAAGAACUGACUAAACAAGAGCUAGCAGCCGUUGCAACACUUGCAGCGUUCGCAGCCCUUUUAAGCCUUUACUUCUACCUGCGACUAUCAUAUGCUAUAGCCCUCACUAUAUCCCCCAAUAGCACAACCGCAACAACCCCCUGACGUUACACUUCCUCUCAGGCUACCCUUCCCCUUGCAAUUUCAACUACAGCAACACUUUUACUUCUACCAUUGGCCCCAGCCGCAAUUGCACUAUUGACUAUUUAG